AUGAUGAUAUCAAAUAUUGAGCAGCCCGUUUUAGUUGGGAAUGUUUAUGGUCCUCAUUCUCUAGCGGAGCGCAGGCUAUGUUUUGAGGCUCUGAAAACACAUAUUCUGAAUCAUGAUGGAUUGGUGUUUCUUGGUGGUGAUUUUAAUGUAGUUCUGUUGGGCUCGGAACGUUCUUCAGGCGGAGUGUUGGAUGCCGGUGAUGAGGCGUUCCAGCAGUUUGUCCAGGUUACUAAUUUAGCUGAUUUGCCUCUAGCUAAUGGAGAGUACACUUGGUAUUCAAGUCGAAACGAUGGUUUGUGGAGUCGUUUGGAUCGCUGGCUGGUAUCUGAUGAGGUUCUCUUAUCUUUCUCUAAUAUUUCUCAAAAUGUUUUUGACUGGAAUGUUUCUGAUCAUAGGGCAGUGGGCUUGUUGUUUGGCCUGCUUGAUGCCGGUCCUAAACCUUUUUAUUAUUUCAAUCAUUGGGCGGAUGAAGCCGGUUUUAAUGAGUUGGUUGAGGCUUGGUGGCACUCUGCAGUUUAUCAAGGGUGGUCAGGGUAUGUUUUACAACAAAAACUAAAAGGGUUGAGGGGGAAAAUACGAGAGUGGCGCAAGGGGAGAGGGGCCUGGGGAGUUGAGAAAAUUGUUUCAUUAGAACAUAGAUUGCAGGGGGUGAUGGAGGCGCUAGAAAACCAGGGGGAACGGAGGCAUUGUCGAAGGAAAGGAGGGAUAUCCUUGAGGCUUUAUGGAGGGCGUAUAGGGAGGAGGAGAGAAUUUGGCGUCAGAAGUCAAGGGUGCGCUGGUUGA